GACCUCUUUUGCAAGCUGUCUCCUACUCUCUUGUUUAUGCCCUUCCUUCUAUCUUCACAUCUGAGCAUUUGAUUCAACAAUCAAAGCUUGGAAUUGCUGCAAUGGCAGAAGCAGUGGUGUCGAUUGCUCUUGAAACCAUUCGUGAUUUGCUAUUGGAAGAGGGAAGGUUUUUAGCUGGUGUCAGCGGUCAAGUGAAGAAGCUCGAGUGGCAGCUCAAAGAGAUGAAGUGUUUCCUCCAAGAUGCUGACAAACGACGACAUGAAAGUAGUACGAUCUUCAAUUGGAUCUCGGAUAUUAGAGAUCUGGUCUACAGUUCCGAAUCCGCCAUUGAAAGACACACAGCUUAUCAAGUUUCAUCAAGGAGAAGAGGCCUCACUCAGUUCGUCCGCAACUAUUCCUGCAUUCUGACAGAUUGCAACUCACUCCACCAAUUGGGCUCCGAGAUUACAGAAAUUACAUCAAGUCUGGAGAGGAUAAGCAAGGAUAUGCAAGAAAACGGCAUAAAAAGAAGCAUAAUCAUGAAUCCAAAUGGAGAUGGGGAAAGCUCGGGUGGAAACAACAAGUCAAGGAAGACUUUUCCGUAUUUUGAGAUGGGAGAUUGCUUCGUAGGAAUGGAGGAUGAGCUGAAGCUGCUUGUUCAUCACCUAGGGAAAGACAUGGAGAAUCGGAUUAUAUCAGUGUGGGGAAUGGGAGGGUCAGGCAAGACCGCCAUUGCAAAGAAGCUCUACAAUGAGAAGACCGACUUUGAUCUCUCCGCAUGGGUUUGUAUUACUCAGCAAUGCGAGAGUAGAUCGGUUUGGGAGGAUGUUCUGAGGCAACUAGAGAAUCAGAAGAAAAAGAUGGGUGUUUCAAGUGUGAACGAUGAGCCACGAAUACUGGAGGGUGUUUCAAGUCUGAACGACGAGCCACGAAUAAGGGAGGAGGUUUCAAGUCUGAGCGACUUUGAUUUGAUUGAGAGGCUAUGUGAGAUUCAAAGAGAGAAGCGAAGUCUCAUAGUUUUGGAUGAUGUUUGGGAACUUUCUCAUUGGGAUGAGUUGAAGCGUCCAUUCAUUGUCCGAAAUCUGCAGAGCAAAAUAUUGGUGACAACACGGAAACAAAAGGUUGCAGAGAUUGGAUUGGCAGUUGAACAUGGGCUUUUGCAUAUGGAUGCUGCUUUGGAACUACUCAAAAACAAAGCAUUUCAGCAUGGAAACAUUCCAGACUUAGCAUUGGAAGAAAGAUUUGAAAAAAUUGGGAAAGAAAUGGUACAAAAAUGUGGUUAUUUGCCAUUGGCAAUUUCUUUACUCGGUGGGGUUUUGAGAGAGAAAAAAUCGAUUAUUGAGUGGGAAUCAGUAAAUGAGCACAUCAAAGCAGCCAUAUAUGGAGUUGAAGAGCAGAUUGAUGGAGUGCUUAAUUUAAGCUAUGAAAGUUUACCCUAUUAUUUGAAGCCUUGCUUUCUCUAUUUGGGUAUUUUCAAAGAGGACGAAACCAUACUUACUUUGGACCUGUAUAUGAUGUGGAUAGCACAAGGCAUGAUUUCAUAUGAGAAUAUUGGAGAUAAGGAGGACACUUUAAUGGAUAUCGCUGAGCUGUACUUAAGUGAGUUAGCCUCCAGGUCCAUUGUUCAAGUUGAAAUUAGACUUGAUUAUGAUGUCGGAUAUAGUAAAAAAUUUGGUACAUGCAAACUUCAUGAUGUAGUAAGAGAACUAUGUUUGAAAUUGGGAAAGAGGGAGGAUUUUGGUGUGCUGCGUUUGGAGUAUAAAGGUGGGAAAUUUAGUAGCUUACUACGGGAUGCUUCCUCACAUAUUAAGAUUCGACAUUUGGCUAUUGAUUUAAGAAGUGAAGUCGACACCGAGCCUACAGUCGCUUGUGGAGAAGAUACUUGGGGGCAUAUAAGGUCUGUUCGAUUAUUCAAUCGCAUAUAUGUUGAGUUCCCCCCACAAAGUAUAGUUGAUUUUCAGAAAUUCAAAUUGCUGAGAGAUCUAUUUUUGUUUAGAUUCAAAUUUGAAGGAGGAAAGUUACCGAGAGGAAUCACUAAACUUGUUCACCUUAGAUGUUUGCGUUUACAACAAUGUGAACUUGCUAAGCUACCGUCAUCCAUGAGGAAUUUGGUAUACUUGGAUACCCUUGAUUUGAGGUAUUCAAUGAAUGUUGAAGUUCCAAAUGUUUUUAAGGAGAUGUUGCGAUUAAAACACUUGAUUCUUCCUAUCUAUGGAGAUGAAAACAUUAGAAAUUAUCGACUAAGAUUGGAUGAGGGAGUAUAUGAGUUGGAGACUCUAGCAUUCUUUGAUAGUAGAUGUCAUGAACUUAAAUGUAUGGACAGAAUGAAGAAUCUUCGAUAUUUUAUAGCAAGAAUAUACGAUAAUGAAAGCUUGUUAGCUAUCAUGAAUGGCAUUAUGAACUUGAACAAGAUACAAGUUUGUCAAGUAACCAUUCAAGAAAGUUGCGACUUAACAAGUGAGGGAAUGCUGGAGAAGGCUUUGACAUGUCCCAAUCUUUAUGAUUUGAAUAUUUUUUCUAAAUCAGUGAAGGCGCUAGCAAAGUGCGAGAGUGAUUUGUCGAGCUCCAAACUUAAGUAUUUGAAACUGUUUGAUUGUGAGAUGGAGGAUGAUCCAAUGGGGAUACUGGGAAAGCUUCCUUGCUUGGUUACAUUGAAUUUAUAUUGGAAAUCAUUUGUUGGGGAGGAGAUGAGGUGUCCAACAAACAGUUUUCCUCGCCUCAAGGAGCUAGUGUUAAGAGGUUUGCCUAAGUUGAGGGAGUGGAGAGUGGAGUCAGGAGCCAUGCCCCUUCUCUCUCAAUUAACAAUCGGAGAGUGUUCUUGUCUAGAGAUGGUUCCAGAGGGAUUGAGUGCCAUUUCUACCCUUCAGACUCUCAUAAUUGAAAGAAUGCCGAAAAUGAGAGAAAGAGUAUCACCAUCAGGACAGGAUUUCCACAAAGUCCGCCAUGUCCUUUCAAUUAUCAUCAAGGACUAGUCUUAACCAGGUUGAGCAUUGAUUCUUUGGAGAAUAACUGAUUAUCACUACCACUUUUGGUGCUCAAUGAAAACAGCAUCUUACCUUUCUCUAAAGGGUUACAUUUCUCCUCCUUCGAGCUUCAAUCUUGUUGUUGAAUAUGAUAUUAUAUUUAAGUGAUGUUGUGUUUGAAUUGACUAUGAUGGUGUGCAAUAAUUCAAAUGUUGAAAGUGUGAAGUAUUGUAUAAUUAAUUGUAUGUGGGUUGAAUCUGGUUUGUAUUGAAUUGCUCGAUGAAGCUUUGUUCAAUAUUGUACAAUAGUGUGUGGGUUGAAUUUGGUUUGUACUGAAUUGCUGAAAGCUUUGUUCUUUAUUGUAAACUAAUUGUGUGUGUGGGUUGAAUAUGGUUUGUAUUGAAUUGCUUGAUUAAGCUA